UUAAGUUAACCCGAGGAGAAACUUCGUCAAACCCAGAGCUUAAGCUUCGAAGAAAAGUGAAAAGUCGUAGUGUUCGUUUUUAUGUUUUAUUUUACCGGGCUGACAGUCAAUGUGUUUAUAAGAUCAACUACGUAAAGCAACAUGGUUCUAAAAUUUGCCUCUUUUUUAAUUAUCUGGAGUUGCGGCAUACUGGCUGCAGACAUCCUAAUGGCAACUCAAGGCGGAACAAAGUCACACAAGAUACCUUUCUGGGAGCUGGCUAGAGGACUAAUAGCCAGAGGACACAAUAUUACCUUCCUUAGUGGAUUUCCUGCUGAUUUUAACAUUGAAGGCCUGCACGAAGUAACACCUAGCGGUUUAGUUGAAUAUAUUCAUAACUACACCAAUUGGGAUCUAUUGGGUUCUCGAAUGGCUGGAGAAAUGCCCAUUAAGCCGUGGGACGGUCUGCGAUACGCUUUCGAAUCGUGCGACGCCAUGCUUGGUGACACUGAGACGAAAGAGCUGGCAAAUCGGAGCUUUGACUUAGCAGUAUUGGAUGGAGCUUUCCCGGAGUGCUUUUUGGGAUUGAUGUACCAGUUUAAGAUCCCGUUCAUGUACAUAAACACGGUGGGCUUCUACACAGGUAGUCUUUCGACAGCGGGAAAUCCCGUUAGCUACGCUAUAACUCCGAACUUUUACUCUCGAUUUACGGACACUAUGAGCCUCUAUGAACGGGCAGUCAACACGGCCAUGCAGAUUGGACAAAACCUGAUGCACAUGUAUGUUAUGCGGAGGACACACAUUGUGCUGAGAGAGCAUUUAGGAGCCCACAUCCCACAUCCUUACGACUUGUCGCGCAAUGUGAGCUUUAUUUUGCAGAAUGGACAUGCAGUUCUGUCUUAUCCCAGAGCCUUUAAUCCAAAUGUGGCAGAGGUGGCUUGCAUUCACUGUAAGGCUGCUAAAAAACUUCCCAGGAACCUCGAGGAAUUCGUCGGGGCAUCCGGAGUCUCGGGAUUUAUUUAUGUUUCCAUGGGAUCUUCGGUAAAGGCUGCGAAUAUGCCAGAGGCUCUGCGGCGCAUGCUUGUAAGGACCUUUGCACGCUUGCCGUAUCAUGUGCUAUGGAAGUAUGAAGGCAGCUCCGCAGAUAUUAAAGAUCUAACUUCUAAUGUAAAGCUCUUGCGAUGGCUACCGCAACAAGAUAUUUUGGGCCAUCCCAAGCUUCGAGCAUUUGUAACUCAUGGAGGUUUGCUAAGCAUGUUUGAAACGGUGUUUCACGGGGUGCCCGUCGUCACAAUGCCGGUGUUUUGCGAUCACGAUGUCAAUUCAGCUAAGGCCGAGGUCGAUGGUUAUGCCAUUAAACUAGAUCUUCAGACACUUUCGAUCAAUCAGCUUUACAAGGCUAUUAUGAAAGUGAUUCAUGAUCCGCGCUACAAAAGUGCAGCUCGGUACCGCCAAAAACUCUUGCUUGACCAACGCUCAACAGCCCUAGAUACAGCGAUUUACUGGACGGAGUAUGUGCUACGGCACAAGGGAGCUUAUCACCUACAGGCUUCCUCACGGAAUAUGACCUGGUGGCAAUACUAUCUACUCGAUGUGGUUGCAGUUUAUUUAGCUUUACUUUACGGCCUGAUUUUAUUAAUAAAACGCAUCGACUUCCGGUCUGAAAAGCUCCAGAGCCUUCAAUUACUGACGUCUGCUUCAUAUUCAGAAGUAAAAACGAAAUCGAAAAAGCUGUAAGGAGAUCACUUGUUAAACGAUUUAAAAGGGAUUUGUAGUGAUUUCCAUAUAUUUUGGAAAAAUUAUUUUGUAAAUAUAUUUAUAAUUUGUUCUUUAUUUGAUUAAAUGAGAUGUUAUUUUAAAAGAAACUGAGAUGAUAGGAAGAACAUUGUGUUCAUUUUGAUAAGCCAAAAACGAUAUUGUACGAGUACUAAUAGUCCAAACCAAAAUGGGCUAUCAGGUCUUUCAAGGCGAAUAAGAUUAAAACGUGUGAGUUGUCCCAUUAACAGUUUA